AUGUCAGCUCUCUCCUCGAUAACCCGAAGAGCAACCACCCGGAACGGAGAACAGCGUUUGUCGCCCGGGAACUGGCGCACUUCAAGGUCAACAUCUCCACCCAGUGAAACCCAUUUCUCUGACGAAGGCUCUGUAGAUGAGGUGGGUGCCGGUUACAACUUCUUCUAUCGUGGCCGCCCGAAGGCAGAACGACGCGAGGGCGCCGUCGCCUUUAUCACCCGGACCGACAUCGUGGGACGUCUACCCGGUUUGGCGCAGGACAGUAAUGAUCGCCUGAUGAGACUCCGCCUACCUCUUUGGGGUGGAAAAUUCGCCACAAACUUUAGCGUCUACGCCCUCCAAUGA